GUCUUCUUCUACCUCCUUUCCUCCCUUUACCUUUCCUUUUUCUCUUUCAUCUCUCUCCGGCUCCAUAUUGAGAGCCUGAGCUCCGUCUCUUCCGUUCUCUGCUCUAGCUCCGUUCGAGCCUCAACAACCCACAUUUUCCCUUUCCUUAUGUGAAUCACCUUCUGUUCAAUUGGAGACACGUAGACAGCGAUGGAGCAUAUUGCGGCGCAGCUUAAACGGGGCAUCUCCAGGCAGUUCUCCACUGGCUCCAUCAAGCGGACCUUAAGUCGCCAGUUCACGCGGCAGUCGUCGAUGGACCCACGGAGGAAUAACCUCCGGUUCGGCUUCGGGAGGCAGUCCUCCAUGGACCCCAUUAGAAGGAGUCCUGUACGUGAUGAACUGUCGGUGCCGGAGAACCUUGAUUCUACCAUGCAGCUGUUGUUCAUGGCGUGCAGAGGGGACGUGAAGGGAGUGGAGGACUUGCUUAAUGAAGGGAUCGAUGUCAAUAGUAUUGAUUUGGACGGACGCACUGCGCUGCAUAUUGCUGCUUGCGAGGGCCAUGUGGAGGUCGCCAAGCUUUUGCUCAGCAGGAAGGCCAAUAUUGAUGCUCGUGAUCGUUGGGGGAGUACGGCAGCUGCUGAUGCUAAGUAUUACGGAAAUAUAGAUGUUUACAAUAUUUUGAAGGCCCGUGGAGCCAAAGUUUCGAAGACCAGGAAGACACCAAUGGCAGUUUCUAAUCCUCGAGAAGUUCCAGAGUAUGAGCUUAACCCACUAGACCUUCAAGUUCGAAAGGCUGAUGGUAUUGUCAAGGGUACAUAUCAAGUGGCGAAAUGGAAUGGCACAAAGGUUGCUGUAAAGAUUCUUGAUAAGGACAGCUGUUCAGACCCUGAGAACAUAAACGCAUUCAAGUAUGAGCUAACUUUGCUAGAAAAAGUCAGACACCCAAAUGUGGUUCAAUUUGUUGGAGCUGUUACACAAAAUAUCCCAAUGAUGAUAGUUUUGGAGUACCCUCUAAAAGGUGACUUGGGAAGCUAUCUUCAGAAGAAAGGGCGUUUAUCUCCAUCCAAAGCUUUAAGAUUCGCUCUUGACAUUGCUCGGGGAAUGAACUAUCUUCAUGAAUGCAAACCAGAUCCAAUCAUUCACUGUGACUUAAAGCCAAAGAAGACACCAAUGGCAGUUUCUAAUCCUCGAGAAGUUCCAGAGUAUGAGCUUAACCCGCUAGAGCUUCAGGUUCGGAAGGCUGAUGGUAUUGCAAAGGGGACAUAUCAAGUGGCAAAAUGGAAUGGCACGAAAGUUGCCGUAAAGAUACUUGAUAAAGACAACCAUUCAGACCCUGAGAGCAUAAAUGCAUUCAAGCAUGAGCUAACUUUGCUAGAAAGGGUCAGACACCCAAAUGUGGUUCAAUUUGUUGGCGCUGUUACACAAAAUGUCCCAAUGAUGAUUGUUUUGGAGUACCAUUCAAGAGGUGACUUGGGAAGCUAUCUUCAGAAGAAAGGGCGUCUAUCUCCAUCCAAAGCUUUAAGAUUUGCUCUUGACAUUGCUCGGGGAAUGAACUAUCUUCACGAAUGUAAACCAGAUCCAAUCAUUCACUGUGAUUUAAAGCCAAAAAAUAUUUUGCUGGAUAAUGGAGGUCAAUUGAAGGUAACUGGAUUUGGUUUGAUAAGAUUGUCACAAAUUUCACCUGACAAGGCAAAGCUAGCACAGCCAGCAAGUCACAUUGAUCAAUCAAAUAUCUAUAUGGCUCCUGAAGUCUUUAAAGAUGAAAUAUUUGAUCGAAGUGUUGAUGCAUACUCUCUUGGCAUAAUGCUAUAUGAGAUGAUUGAGGGAGUACAGCCAUUCCAUCCCAAGCCUACUGAAGAGGUUGUAAAAAUGAUGUGUUUAGAAGGAAAGCGACCAUCAUUCAAGAUCAAAGCUAAAAGCUAUCCUCCAGACUUAAAAGAGUUGAUUGAAGAAUGCUGGGAUGAAAGACCUGUUGUCAGGCCAACAUUUUCAGAGAUCAUAGUACGAUUGGAUAGAAUAGUUGCCAACUGCUCAAAACAAGGGUUGUUGAAGGGCACUUUCAAGUUUCCUUGGAAAUGAAGGGAGGUUGGAGCAAUGUUCCCUUGAAUACAAAAGGGGCCAAAGUAAACGAUUGGGUGAUUUUUCUGUCUCAAGAGUUUUGGUGCUACAUCGCAUACUUGUAAGAAUAUGACGUCACAUUGAAAAUAAAAAGACUAAUAGAAAUUUCCCUUAUUUGUCUCUUCUCCUCUUUAAGGAGCUGGAACAGUUCCUUCCUCUGUAUAAUGUCUGAAAGAGCUUGAGUUAAAUAUAAUUUGUUUGCAGGCAAAUGAAAAAUUUAAGAGGCAAAAGAAGGAAUAAUAAUGUACCUAUUUUUGCAUUUGGACCUUGUUCAUGACUGAAUUGAAAUAAAAAGACUAAAGAACAUCUAAUUCCAAUUCGAUGACCGAAGAAUUGGAGUUUGUAGACCCACAAUCAAUCCCAUGUAUGAAA